AUGCCACUGGACUUUGUUUGGCUGGCAAGGAGUCACACUGGCGAGUAUCUUGCUGAAACGUUGCGCUUGGUUGUGGAGAAGUUUGAUGUUCAAGAUAAAAUUUGUGGAAUAGUUACUGACAAUGCCUCCAACAACAUGACAAUGGUGGCCGAGAUGAAAAAGUUCAAAUGGGCUCGAUUCAAAGGCGAUUCACAAUACGAUAAAGACCAUUCCGACACUGGUGAAGAAGCUGAUCUGGACGGUUAUGAAUCAGAGGACGACGGAAUUGCUGAAAUUUCCGAUACCGAAUUAUCUACCGAGGACAUCAAGGAUUUGAGUGACGAGGAUGAAGAGAAGGAUUCUUACACUUCGCUUUCAUGCAAACAAAGUUUGCCUAAGUUCCGUGCUGUAGCUCGCAAGCUUCGCAAAUCACCAAACUCAAAGGCACAUUUUGUGGAACUAUGCAUAGAAACCGAGUGCAGUAAACCUCACAACAUCAUGAGAGACGUACGGACACGAUGGAACUCUACCUUCACGCAGCUUGAAGGAAUCAUACGAUGUGAGAAAGCAAUAUCUAUGCAUGGCAGUUUUAUUUGGCAGAAGGACAAGAAGUAUGGGCUCGCUCGGAGACACCACAUAAACAAGAUCGACAUCAAGUUGGCUCAGGACUUGCUUUCUAUACUACAGUUGUUCUACGAACAAACACUUCAAGUAUCAACUCUUGGAUCGGCUCGCUUGACACAUAUCAUUGUCUUUAUCGAUGAGAUCACCGAACAUCUUUCGAGUGCAAUCAAAGGAGAUGGCAACAACUACCCACCCGUAAUCCGAAAUGCAUGUCGAAUUGGUCUCCAGCUCACAAACAAGUAUUACACACUCACCGACUGCUCGCCUUUAUAUCGGAUUGCAAUGGUACUCCACCCAUCUUUCAAAGAAAAGUACUUCCAGAUUGCUGGCUGGGAAACCGAGUGGAUUACUGAAGCCCUUCGUCUGACGCGCGAAAUGUUUGAUACAUUCUACAAGCCUCAUAUUGAAGUUCUACCUUCCAGUCAACCAGCGAGAUCAACCAAGCCUAAGACAGGAAAUAUUGCUCAGCUUGCAUUGGCCGCCCAAUCGGGUCUGUCUUCAAAUGAUCCACUUGAUAACUGGCUAGCUUCCGGCCUCAUUUUAGACGAUGGAUCUCCUAUCAAUGCCCUUAAGUGGUGGAUCCAACAAAAACGCGCUGGAAAUACACAUGGAGGGCUAUUGCAAAUGGCUCUUGAUGUAUUGAGUUGCCCAGGUUGA